AUGAUAUCAACGGAGAACAGCUCUGAAGUGAAUGAAUUCAUUCUUAUAGGGUUAACAGAUGCCCCAGAGCUUCAGAUUCCUCUCUUCAUAAUAUUCAUUCUCAUCUACCUCAUCACCCUGGUAGGGAAUCUGGGAAUAAUAGCUCUGAUCUCCUGGGAUUCCAGCCUCCACACUCCCAUGUAUUUUUUCCUCAGUAACCUCUCUCUGGUGGAUUUUGGCUACUCAUCAACUAUUACCCCAAAGGUGAUGACUGGUCUCCUCACAGGGGACAAGGCCAUCUCCCAUAAUGGAUGUGCUACCCAGUUGUUCUUCUUUGGGGCUUUUGCUACUAUUGAAAGUUUCCUGUUAGGCUCUAUGGCCUAUGAUCGCUAUGCAGCUGUGUGUAGGCCCCUACAUUAUACCACUACUAUGACUUCAACAGUGUGUGCAUAUCUGGUCAGUGGGUCUUACAUCUGUGGCUUUCUUACUUCCUCCAUAGUCAUAGGAAACAUUUUUAGUCUUUCCUUCUGCAGGUCCAAUGUAGUUCAUCACUUUUUCUGUGAUAUUCCCCCUCUCUUAGUUCUCUCUUGCUCUGAAAUCCACAUCAUUGAGUCAAUAAUCUUUAUUUUAGGAUCAUUCAAUGCCAUUUUCCCAUUUUUUGUCAUUUUUACCUCUUAUUUGUUCAUCUUCAUCACCAUCCUGAAGAUUCAUUCUGCUGAAGGACGCCAGAAAGCCUUCUCUACCUGUGCUUCCCAUCUCACAGCAGUGUCCAUAUUUUAUGGGACGUGCACCUUCAUGUACUUUCGACCCAACUCAAUCCACUCAAUGGACUCAGACAAAAUUGUGUCAGUAUUCUACAGCAUGGUCAUUCCCAUGUUGAAUCCUCUGGUAUAUAGCCUGAGAAACAAAGAUGUCAAGAAUUCAUUUAGGAAAGCUAUGAGGGGACAACAACUUUACCUAGAUCAUCUUUUUUCUUAG